AUGAGUGCGUCCUCUCCGAGGUUCAGCAUUGAGAUCCCGCCUCGGCGAGGCCGUCGGAUCCCCCAGAGCCGCGGCGGCUCGACCCGCAUCCGCCUGCCGGUCGAGAUCAUCGACCACAUCGUCGGCUACCUCGAGAACGAGGGCGUCGGCGACCGCCUAGUCAUCGGGGGCCGCCUGUCGCUCGCCAGCAAGCAGCUUUUCGAGUACGGCCGUCGCGUCAUCUGGAACUAUACGGCCAUCGUCUGCACCGAUCGCAACCGCCGUUUCGCCACCGAGCUCGCCGCGCGCCGCGACCUGCUCUCACACGUGCGCUCCCUCGUCUUCCAGCUGCAAGCCGCCGACCAGUCAUCCGCCGGAUGGGUCUCCCACAUGCUCGCGAUCCUCAAAGGCUGUUCGUGUGCCCUCAAGAUCCUCAACUGCGGUCUCCAGUUCGGACUUCUUGAUCGCAGCGGCCAGAGCCUCGCGUUCCGCCACGUCAAGGACCUCAUCGAACUCGCGCGCUUGCCCAUGGCCGCCACCCUCGAGUCGUUGGGGCUCCAUGUCGUCUUGGGCACCAACAUCGACGUCUCGCGCUCCGACAUCGGCGUCGUUGAGCUCGGUAGUGCGCUCGACGCAUUCGUCAAGCUCGAGUACCUGCACAUCCAGUCGACGUGGGCCGCGCCCCUCCCUGCGGGCCAGGUCGUCGUGACGGGCAAGCGCCGGUUCGAGGCGCUCUACUUCAACGACCAGGGCAUGGGCGGCCAGCCGAGCCUCGCCCACCUCCUCUCGCCCUGCAUCGACCCGAGCGAGACCAAGCACCUGUGGAUCAACGUCGGCCUGUCGCAGUUCGGUGGACCCGACCUCCUCACCAACUUUGUCAAUCUCAAGUCAGUGCACCUGAACGCCAAACCUGGCGCCAGGUUCACCGCGGCGCUCCCGGAAUGGGUCGCCGGCCUGUCGCACCUCGAGCACCUCCAGACCGUCCACCUCGGGCCCAAGGAGCCUGUCGCCGGCCUGCAGACCACACUCAGCCCGUCGACGGUGGCGCUCGACGUCCUUCUCGCGUCGCUCCCGCCCUCGAUCAAGACGUACAAGGUCGAGCAAGUGUACUUUGUCAACAACCUCGCCCUCGACUUCUUCCCGCACCGCGAGUACCUGCUCUACGAUCACGGCCUCGGCGACAUCGACCUGUCAAAGUCCGUCGUUGUCCGGCUCGCCGACCGCGACUACGACCGGCUCCGCUUCGAGUUGGGCCGCAUGAGCGGGCCGGGCGGCACGACGCUUUGGGGAAUCUACCGCGCGCUCAAGGAGCUUUGA